AGUACAGUACCGUACGGCGCGUUACGUGUGCGAGUCAGUGGUUUUUCAAUGAUGCCUUGGUGAUGAUGGGAUUUUAACGUACGAACGCUUCCAAAAACGUAAAGAUCGACACCCAAUCGAGACGAUCCCCUUAAACGUUCCACGAUCGAUUAAACAGGUAGCGAAGAGUCGUUCGGCUCGGGCGAUGGUGAAAAUUUUCGUUUCCGUUAGCGAUGUUGUGAUUUCGAAGGACAACUACGAUCAAGAAAAUACUGGCUGAUCAUGAAGUUCGUCGUGUGCAUUAUCUCCACGUUGGUACUGCAGACAUCGGCUAUAAUUCAAUCUCCACCACGGAUAUCCAAACAGCCCCCUACAGAUGAGCAGCUGUUUCAAGUGGCCCAAGCAAGCAUUAAUGAGAAUGACAAACCAUUUUUAAUUGAAUGUGAAGCAGAAGGAGAACCUGCUCCGAGGUAUCGCUGGAUUAAAAAUGGAAAGAACUUCGAGUGGCCAGCGUACGACGACCGCAUCUCUCAACAGCCAGGUAGAGGUACACUGGUGAUCUCGAGACCACGCGAUGAGGAUCAAGGCCAGUACCAGUGCCACGCAGAAAACGAGUGGGGAAUAGCGACUUCCAAUUCUGUUUUCGUCCGAAAAGCUGAAUUGAAUUCCUUCAAAGAUCAAAAUCCCAUAAGUCUGGACGCGCAAGAAGGACAACCAUUUAAAUUGACAUGUCAUCCGCCAGACGGUUGGCCAAGACCGAACGUGUACUGGAUGAUCCAAGACGCCGCUGGGGGCAUCAAAUCGAUCAAUAAUUCGCGAAUGACAUUAGAUCCCGAAGGAAACCUUUGGUUCAGCAACGUCACCAGGGACGACGCAUCCGACGAUUUUUACUAUGCAUGCGCAGCUACAUCUUUAUUCAAGAACGAAUACAAAUUAGGAAAUAGAGUACUGUUAAACGUUAUCUCUUCGGGGAUGUCGGCUAGUCAGAACAAACACGAACCAGUUAAACAGUACGUCAGUAGGAAAAAUGAAGUUGCCUUACGCGGUAAGAUGAUCGAAUUGUAUUGCAUAUUCGGUGGAACGCCACUGCCACAGAUAAUAUGGAGUAAAAACGGCGAGGUGAUUAGAACUAACGAUAGAAUAACCCAAGGGAAUUACGGUAAAUCGUUGAUAAUAAAACAUGUCAAUUUCAAAGACGAGGGAUCGUAUGUUUGCGAGGCGUCCAACGGAGUCGGAGACGCGAAAUCGUAUUCUAUAAACUUGCAAGUAAUGGCGGUACCAUUCUUCACCAUCGAACCUGAGAUAAUAGACGCGGCUGAGGACGAAACCGUCGAGUUCAAGUGUGCAGCUAACGGAGUACCUCUUCCGGAAAUAAAAUGGAUUUACAACGGUAAACCGAUAUCAGAGGCUCCACCGAACCCUCGCAGAAAAGUAACGUCGAACUCUAUCGUUAUCGAGAAACUGACAAAGAAAGAUACAGGAAAUUAUGGAUGCAACGCUACAAAUUCAUUGGGUUACGUAUAUAAAGACGUCUACGUAAACGUUCUAGCUUUAGAACCCGAGAUCACCCAACCCCCGCAAGAUAUCUCCACGGUGGACGGGAAACCUGUGAGACUGACCUGUCGCGUAUUUGGAGCACCGAAACCAGCCGUUAAAUGGGUUAGGGGUGGCCAAGAAUUAACAGGGGGUCGAUACAAGACUUUAGCGAACGGCGACUUAGAGAUUGAAAACGUAAUAUUUCUAGACGCUGGUAACUAUACAUGCCACGCGUCUAAUAAAUUCGGAGAAGUAGAAGCUACCGGUACUCUGCUAGUAAAGGAACAUACGCGAAUCACGGACGAGCCAGAGGAUUACGAAGUCGCUGCAGGUUCUACAGCAACGUUUAGGUGUAACGCCGUCACGGAUUCGAGUUUGACGUUAACGAUCGAUUGGCUGUGCAAUAACCAGUCGAUCGAUUUCGAUAUGGAACCGCGAUUCAUACGAAGUACCGAUUACUCUUUGUUGAUCACGAAGACGACUGAGUUAGAUUCAGGUACUUACACGUGCGUCGCUCGCACCGAAUUGGACCAGACGAGAGCACAAGCAACGUUAAUAGUCCAAGAUGUGCCGAAUCCACCCAAAUUGCUUAAUGUACGUUGCAUGGGGACCGAGUCUUCUGUUCAUUGGACUCCCAUGGGCGACAACAGAGCUCCCAUUUUAAGAUAUACCAUCCAACACAACACUACCUUCACGCCAGAUACCUGGGAAGUAUCCAAGGAUGACGUACCAGCCACCGAGCAAACGUACGUCGUGCCUAUGACGCCAUGGGCUAAUUACACGUUCCGUGUAUUAGCCUGGAACAAAAUAGGGCCCUCGUUACCCUCGCCGCACAGCGACGUGUGCUCCACGUUGCCUGACGUUCCUUACAAGAAUCCCGACAACGUUGUCGGUAAAGGCACCACUCCGCAGAAUCUCGUUAUAUCUUGGACAGUGAUGCCGCAGAUAGAACACAAUGCACCCAAAUUCAUGUACAGAGUGUAUUAUAAACGGGACAUACCCGGAGAGAAGUGGACCAUAGAGGAUAUAAGCGACUGGAAGAAAAAUAGUUUAGUGGUAGACAAUCAACCUACUUACCAGAAAUACAAAAUCAAAGUCGUGGCUAUAAACGAGAAGGGAGAGUGUAGAGUCGCACCCAGCGAAGUGACCGGAUUUUCUGGAGAAGAUGUUCCGCUGCAAGCGCCAAGUAACUUCACGUUGAACCAGGUAAUGUCGAGUACCACCGCCCAACUGUCGUGGAAUCCGGUUCCCGAGGACUCUGUACGCGGCGAAUUACAAGGAUAUAAGAUUCAAACAUGGACAGAGAGGGAUGGAGAGAAAGGAUUGCGAGAAAUCGAUAUAAGAGGCGGUAACAGGACGAAUGCGAUGGUCAACAAAUUCGUCCCCUUCAGCAAAAACUACGUUCGAAUUUUAGCGUACAAUGGCAGGUAUGCUGGACCGCCAUCCGAAACUUUGAGCUUCGACACGCCGGAAGGUGUUCCAGGAACAGUUCUCGCUUUCGAGGCGUAUCCUAUGGGCUCCAGCGCCUUAUACUUAAUGUGGACGAAACCCGCGGAACCGAAUGGCAUCCUCACUGGAUACAGAAUUUAUUAUCAAGUCGUAAACGGAACAAAUUUGGGACCCUUGUUAGAGAGAAAGCCACACAUCUCGGAUCCGGAAGCUACAGGAGCGCAGUUGGCGACGCUGGCACCUAAUACGAAGUAUCGUAUACAUAUUCGAGCGACGACGAAAAUUGGCGAAGGGAACGACUAUUUCAUUGAACAAAAGACGCGUACAUCUCAACGUCCAGAUAUGCCAUACUUCACCUGGGAAACCAUCGCGAAAGAGAACGGAUACUCGAACGUACGUAUCAAUUGGCAGGUGAACCUCCACGGAAAUCCAGGAAGCCACUUCUUCGUGAAAUACAAACUCAAAGGCGAGACGAUAUCUCUCGAGUCGGAUCCAGAGUAUUACUCGAACACGAUCGAAAUUCGCGGGCUUCAAAGCGGCGAAGUGUACGUGAUGUCCGUGGUUGCCGUGGAUGGAAAUUAUAUGACAGAGAGCGAACCACAGGAAGUAGAAACGAGUAGCGAGGGACCCAUUAUUCAACCUAAAGAAAAUGUCGCGACCGCGGGGUGGUUCAUAGGAAUGAUGCUGGCGAUCGCCUUCCUUCUUUUGGUACUUAUAAUCGUCUGCGUCAUCAAACGCAACAGAGGCGGGAAAUACGCGGUACACGAAAGGGAAUUGGCUGCUGGACGAGGCGACUAUCCCGAGGAAGGCGGUUUUCACGAGUAUUCGCAACCUUUGGAUACCAAGUCAGCGGGUGGUCGCGCGUCUUUGGCGUCUUCCUCUCAUCAAGAUGGUAAACAUCCUGAAUCUGACACCGAUUCUAUGGCGGAGUACGGAGAGGGUGAUACAGGACGUUUCACGGAGGAUGGUUCUUUCAUCGGACAAUACGGACCCAAAGGUAGACCAGAGGAAACACCACCCAUUCCAAGUGGUACUAUGGCCACGUACGUGUAACCUCUGCCAUUAUCUUAUUCAAGCCGCAUAAAAAAAUUGUUUUCUUGUCAGAAGCAAGGACCUCGGUCCUUGCCAACCGCAGCAGCUCUGCUAUGCACCUUGCGCUGGGCGCAAUGUCCAACACUAUACUGCCAAUUAGACUUUGGUUUUGGGUUUUAUAGUUUACGUAGAAAGAUAGGUGAACGUUUCGAUAUCGAGUUCGAAGUAAAGAAUAUACAAGCGUCAUUCGAAGAUAAAUUCCUCUCAAAACGUUUCGUACAAGUUUAGACGCGUUGCUCGAACGAGCGAGCGAUCUUUUAGUAUCGGAAGAAAGUUGAUCUGCGACAAGUCUUCGUAUCGCGCGAGUUACGAAUACCCAUUUGUUAGUCGAUCGAAAAUUAGUUUCGAGUAAUGAGUUUGUUGACGGUCUUUGACUAAUUAUAAAACCCAAAGACGAUAGGUGUCUCAUAGCGUGCAAGCUAUUCAUGGACAUAAUAUAGUAGAAAGUAUUCUAGCAUCGACCGUAACAUUUGACAAGGCCAGAUUCAAGCGGACACUUCAGCUUACGACAGGGUAUACGAGUUAUGUUUAUAUUGUUCUAAGUAUGUAUGGCACAAAAGCUUGAUGCACUUUUGAGGCUGCAUAUAGGAUCACGUCUUUCGAGAUAGAGAAAAAGAGAUAAUCGGUAUCGAUCAUUCGGUUUACGCAAAAUUGGUUAGAUCGGUGUUACUUAUAUGCAAUCUUGAGAACGGAUGGACUGAUAUGGAAUGGUGCCGCAAUCUGGCCUCGACUGAUUCUAAUUUUAACUUAAAAAAAAAAAGUAAAAGAUUGUUCUAAGGAACAUUUAGAUGCAAUCAAUUUUUACUCUGCCGACAGAGGGCCAAAUAUAACGAAUCAGUGACUAUCUACAAUUAUCGUGCACUCGCACUUUCAUUAACGAUACACGAACGACAAAAAUAUAUGAAAGAUAUUAUUAGUAUGAUAUUAAAAAGAACAUUGUACAUGCACUAUAGUAGUUAAAGGAAAAGGAAAAUGUCACAUGGCCUCUAAUUGUUGCUUUUUGUAUGUGAAACGUGCUUUAGCUGAAAACGAAAGUCCUUUUAUUUUUAUGAAUGUUUAAUUUCCUUUUUUGGUAAUUUUAUUAUAAUCCCAUGAAUAUAGGCUAUUGAUUAUUUAAUAUAUUAAAUAUUGAAUAUAUAGAGACAUAUAUUGAUUAUUAAUUAAUGCUUAGAGUCUUAAAAGAAUGCGAUCACACAGGAGCAGCUAUUAUUACGUUUUAGUAUAUAAAGUGUUAUGAAAUCAUAGAUGAUUCGUUGAUUUCUUCGAGAGUAAAUGUACGUUUUAUUUACCGUAUUAAGUUUAGCAUAUUCAAUGCAAUGUACAGGUUGUCUGCAAAAGUGUCGCGAGCAAAUAUGUCAGGUACAAAAAUAAGAAAGGUACAAAAUAUAGAAUACUUACACUACAUGCGCGCGUGAAGUUCGUAAAAAUGUAUAUGAUACUUCCAAAAGGAUACGUAGCUCCCAGCUUACAAAAAAAAACAACAAAAAAAAAAACGAUGAACUGCAUAGCAAUCAUUCUGUCCAAUUUUCUUCGAAAGCUUUACCGAGUGCCCAUUGUUAAAAAGACACGUUUCCUUUAACGAAAACUCUCACGUUUCAAUUAAUAUUUGUCAAGGUCUUUUUUGCCGAUUACCCUGUACAAAUGGCUUGGACGUCACGUAAUUUUUACGAACUCUAUAUAUAUAAAUAUAUAUAUAUAUAUACAUACGUAUGUAGACGACUACAAAAAGGGAGAUGUAUUGUAAAUUAAUGAAAACAAUAAUUUAUUGUAAAAAUACCGAAGUAUAUAAAAGGAAAAAAUGAAGUGCAGAGACAUAUAUGUAAUAUAUUAGAGUGACAUUUAUUGUAAACUUGUAUUAAAUUAUAUUUCCAAGGAUAAGCAUAGACGUCCAAGUCAGUUACAAGCGCACGCGAUUAUGUUUCCAAUGUAUUUUUCUAAUCGUACUAUCUUCUCUAUAUUUUCGAAGCGUUUAAAAAUCACGUACUCUAUGGUUUUGAAUCUCCAGUUGGAUUGAACACGUGACAACUUAUGUGAACUUCCAAUAACUUUCGUAAACCGUAACUGGUAUUUUGAUACUUUUUAAUAUAUUUUGAUACAUUUUUUUUUCUUUAUUAUUUCGUUACUCGUUAUACGGGUGAUAGACUAUCAUUUUGUAUUCACGGUAGAAAUGUGAGAAGCAUUCAGCUCGAAUCAGCUUGUUUUGGAUUUAAUCAGUUUUUCUUUCUUUUUGUCGAAGUAUUGACGAUUUUAUUUAUAUACCGUCGACGCAACAUUUACAUGACAAAUACGAUGCGCGACUUCUACAAAUGUGCCGCAGAAUUUACAACGACGGGACGGCGCAUGUUGUCCAUAAAAAAAUGUCAAAAAUAACGCAAAAACGAAAAGGAAGAAAAAAGUACACCCGUUCGAACAUGUGCGCGCCUAUCGUGCUAACCUUUUAAUUGUACAUUAUCUUAUUACUAUUAAGAUAUUAAUGCGUUUCCCGUCAGAAAGAUGCACAAAAAACGCGAAUACGUUCUUCUGCAUAUUUUUGACGGGUGCCAUUGUUUCAAUAUUUUUUCUACAAGGUAGAGACUGCAGAGUUUAGCAACCCAGUCGAAGGUUCUUUCAUCUCAUCACGCGACAAAUCGCGUUGCGUCUCAUUGCGUUACGAAUGUUAUGUAAAAAUUUAAUCGAUUCGCUUUAAGUUCUGACCGUUUAUCAGCGAUUACGAUAACGCGCAUUCCAACGCCUGUGUAACAUCUCUCCCAUGUCAAUAAAAAGAUAAAUAAAACGAAAAUAUAUAUAAAUAAGUAUAUAAUCCGAUCCAUUAUGUGUUCGAUAAAGGUUACGUUCUGAAUUAUAAAUGGAAGUGUAGAAA